AGCUUUUCCUUAACUUGCAGUCGAAUUCGUCCUCUGGGCGUUCGCUCGAUGUGAUUAUUCUGGAGUUCCUCCAGCUCUACUCGUUUUCUCUCUCGUUGCCGUUCUUUUUUCGUCUGAACCAUUGCCAUGGCAAAGAGUUCGUUCAAGAUGGAGCAUCCCCUUGAAAGGAGACAGGCUGAAGCGGCUCGAAUUAGAGAGAAGUAUCCAGAUAGAAUACCAGUGAUUGUUGAAAGGGCUGAAAAGAGCGAUGUUCCUGAGAUUGACAAGAAAAAGUAUCUGGUUCCGGCUGAUUUGACUGUUGGCCAGUUUGUGUAUGUAGUUCGGAAGAGAAUCAAGUUGAGUCCUGAGAAAGCCAUCUUCAUUUUUGUCAAGAACAUUUUACCUCCAACUGCUGCUAUUAUGUCUGCGGUUUACGAGGAAAAUAAGGAUGAAGAUGGAUUCCUGUAUAUGACUUACAGCGGGGAAAACACAUUUGGGACUUUGAUCUGAAUUAUGGCGUGCAGCAAUCCAUGUAAAUACGUCUUCCCAAAAAGAAAAUAAAUAAGCUGUGGGAAGAAGCUAGUAUGGUUGUAAAUUCUUCUGUAUUUUUAACUUUGUUUUUCUUUAUGAAUACUGCGGCUUUUUCUGAAACGACUGUAACAGGAUAUUGAAUAUAGGCUUGCAAUUGCAUUCAGAUGUAAGAUUAUGCUGAAGGGGUACUAUUCGCAUUAAGUCCUGUGCGACAAUUUAUGAAUUUAUUUAAUUUUAAUAUGUUAAAAA